AUGGCCGAGCCCCCUGCCGUCAUUUCGGAAAAUCAAGUUUCUCGUUUUUUACGAUACUCAGAUCUCAUCCCUCGUCUGGAGGACGCUUUGGCCAAAUUUUCCCUAAGAGACACUUCAGAGGUGAUCCAACCUUUGAGGUUUUCAAUACCACUGAAAAAACACAGCAGAGAUAUCUUCCUGAUGCCGACAUACAUGGAAAACAACGGAAUCUUAUGUACGAAAUUUUUGAGCAUCUACAAUCGUGAGAAAGGUUCUGAGCCAGCAUCAGAUCAAGCCACAGUAGUCCUGCUAGACCCUGACAGUGGAAGAACAAUGGCUGUGAUACAAGGAAAUGUCUUGACCUACAUGAGGACGGCCGCGGCGUCAGCCAUUUCUGCAAAGCUUUUGAUGCCUCAUAAAGCGGAAGUAUUGGCCAUCUUGGGAACAGGACAACAAGCUCUGAGCCAUUAUGAUGUCUUCACCGAGAUGUUUUCAUUUAAAGAGGUGCGCGUGUGGGGCCGCAGCAAACAAGGAAUGGAGAGGUUUCAGAGCUCCGUCAGCGGUUCGGUUACCCUGUGCGACUCCACUGCGACAGCGGUGACGGAAGCCGACGUCAUUGUGACAGUGACUUCGAGUUCAGAACCCGUGCUCUUUGGACAGUGGGUCAAACCGGGAGCACACGUGGCAGCCGUAGGAGCUUGCAGGCCCGACUGGCGAGAACUGGACGAAGUGCUGAUGAAGGAGGCGGUGGUGUACGUUGACAGCAGGGAGGGAGCCGCAGUAGAGUCUGGAGAUAUCCUUCUCUCCGGGGUAGAAGUGUUUGCAGAGCUCGGAGAAGUUAUCAGCGGAGGAAAACCUGCACUUAGAGAGAAGACAACUGUGUUUGAAUCCCUUGGAAUGGGUCUUGAAGAUGCAGUGAGUGCCAAGUUAGUGUUUGACCAGUGGAAAGCAAGCAACCAACCCAAGGGCGUAGGUUUUGUCUCAACAGAGGCAGGGACGCUAUAA